GUUAGAGAAGUGGACCACCUGAAAAUAGUGAAUGUGUCCAGGAUGUGGUAUUAUCAGUCGAGACUACUAGUGCCCAGUAGUGGAAACAUAGUCAUGCUGACUCCUUGGCUGGCCCCCAUUGUGUGGGACGGGACUUUCCAAAUUGAAAUCCUGAACCAGCAAUUCCGACUCCAGAAUGUCUCCAUUGGGUUAGUUGUGUUUGCCACUGGAGAAUAUGUAGGCUUCCUUAACGUGUUCCUGGAGACCGCUGAGACAUACUUCAUGCAGGGACACAGGGUGAAGUACUAUGUUUUCACUGAUCAGCCAGCUAGUGUGCCAGUCCUGAAGCUCAAUAAGGGAAGGCAGAUGGUAAUUCUGGAAGCCCAGGGCUCUGCCCACCCCCUGAACACAUGCAUCUACAGAAUGCAGGUGAUCAGCCAUUUUUCCCAGCGGCGCUUUGCGAAGGAGGUGGAUUACCUGGUCUGUGCGCACGUGAACAUAAUUUUCUGCCACAGCGUGGGUGUGGAGAUCCUGUCUUCCUUGUUUGGCACACUACAUCAACAGUUCUUUGGAUUACCAAGGGAAUUGUUGGCCUAUGAAAGGCAGCCUCACUCACAGGCCUACAUUUCUAAGGACGAGGGAGACUUUUACUACUCCAGGGCUUUCUUUGGGGGGAAGGUACUAGAGGUUUACAGGCUCACCAAGUUUUGUUACCAGGCAAUGAUGAUGGACCAAGACGAUCACAUCCAGGUCUUGCAGCAUGAUGAAAGCUACUUGAAUAAGUAUCUCCUUUACAACAAGCCGACCAAGGUCCUCUCUCCUGAGUACAUGUGGGAUAAGGAACUUCUGAAUAGACAGAGUUUUCAAGAAAUGUUGCCAAAUGGGGAAAUACUUGUAAGAAUCAGCAAAUAUCCCUGGAGUAAUGCUGUCCAAGACUUCCUGAGAGAUCCCAGACAGGGUCAGUGA